AUGUCGUCAAUUGCACGUCCACCAGAUCCCUGCCUGGUCGCCAUCAUCUUAAUCGUCCGCUCCCGUGCGGGCCCACGCUUCGUGUUCCACUACCCUCCCAACCCACUCAGUGAGAAUGGCUUGAGACCCGCGCGAAAGGAACGACGCACUUCGCGCUCGAAGAGCGGACAAGGUUACAAGAGUAAUGAAUCAAGCUCCAGCGAGGAGAGUGGCUCCAGCUCCGACGAUGACGAGGAGGAGCACCAGCGCCAGCUCCAGAGCCAAAACCAGAGCCAGAGUCACCUCAGCGGGAGUGUGGCGUCGGGGCGACGGUCGAGUAACUUUGGCCUCGACGAUCAUGUCGCCAUGUCUGUAUCUCCCGGCGGAGAUUCCCAGCGCGCUGGGUCAAUCGGAUCCGGCCGGACGUCGUUUCGCAAACGAGGUGGCAAUUCAGAUGUCGAUGAGGAUUCGGGCGCGGCGUCGGACAGGCAAGAGGAUGGUUCGGGAGGAGCGGGUGGGCCAUACCGCCCACCGUGGGAGUCGCUUCUGGGACUUCCUGCCGAUGUCUGGGAGAAGUUAUUGAGUCCGUCGCGUGCGUGGCAUAAGCGCCGGUUCGAGGUCGGGAUCAACGACCUGGCGUUCAUUGGAUGGCCGGUUUUUGUUCGCGAGGACGGGACGUGGCGGAAACAGAGACGGAAGAAAAAGAAGAAGCGGCGUGCUGAGUGGGAGGGAGGCGAAUUGGGCCAUAACGAGAAUGCAGAGGAUGCGCCGGAUGAUGAGGACGGCGAUGCUGGCGGCGGUGGGCUGCUGGCAGCCUCGACUGAGACAUUGAGUCCCAAACAGAUGACCUUCCCAGAGGCCAAACGAGCGUCGGGAUCUAGCAGCAAAGCGGCAAGGUCAUCAGUUGACUGCGUGGACGGUGAUGACAAGGAUUCAAUGACGAUGUUCAACGUGGUCUUCGUGCUUGACCCUCCUUUACUGGAAUACUCCAUGCGCACUAGGGAGGUCUACGACAAUAUCAUAAAGAAGUUCGCCAAAGCCUUGAAAUGGGAGCAGGCCCGAACUGAUUACGUCUGGAGAGAGGCCCAACAUAUAUCACAUCUCAAAGAAAAAGCUAAAGAGAGGAGAACCUCCCUCAACAGCCUUUACACGGAACUGAUCAAUCAAUCGUCGCUCGCUAGGGCCAUCUACACCGUCCACACCAGCAUAUCCGCAUCCAAAAUUGCAUCUGUUCCGCUGAGUCCGGAUGUUUCCAUAUCGCUUCAGAUACCUCCUCUAACCUCAACACCGUAUCUGCCUGGACCAACUGAUAAAGCAUAUCCGGGUCUCUGGCUCACCACUGCAGACAGUGUCACCCCCGUGGAGGACCCUACUGCCGAUGAUACAGCACCGCAUCAGGUGCUAGCCAAACACUUUGCGCUGUUGUUGCUGGACAACGAGGCGGCAAUUCUCAAGGACGUCGAAGCGUCCGGAGGUGCCUUGGCACCUGCUCUUGCUCACUAUCUUCGGUGCUCCAAGCCAACGAAAUCCUUUGCGCAGAUAUCCGCGUCGUCCGGUAUACCCCUCUCGACCAUACAGAUGCUGGCCAGUCAUCUUGUUUACUGGCGACGUGCACGCGCCAUACCCCCGAUUCACCAACGUGAUACGUAUAUUGUAUCUCCGAACUGUGACUUGAGCAAGCUGGAAAUAGCCACUGCUGCCUAUCAAGCAGCAUUUCCAACCCUACCCAGCUUGCCCAAGAUGCUUUCGGCCCUGAGCGGGACGCCUAGACCAUAUGGAAGUUUUAUCCCGAGCAAAGACCAUAAGGAGACAUAUUUUGCUAUCUUGGCGUGGCUGCUAAGAGGAGGUUGGGUGACUCAACUUCGGUCAUUUGCAAGGGUCAAAGUCACUCCGGAGAUAAAGAUGGCCGUAGAAGUUGCUCUUCGUCGUGAAGAAGUGGACAAGUAUCUGCGGAAAGGCAGAUCUUUGGAGGGACAGAAGCCUGCCGGUGGCGAAGAUGGGAACGAGGCGGAUGAGAACGACGAUGCUAGCUCGUCCUCGUCGUCAUCGCUGGCAAGCCAGGGUAGCGGUGAAGAGACGCCAAUGCCUGGGCAUUACCAGCCGGAGAGCGAUCUUCGUCUCUCACAUUCCAUGCUAGAUCGAAACACGUCGCUGAGAACGUCAUCUUUGAUCCUGUUCCCUCAUCGCGCCUCACCGCUGGAGUCACGGUGGUUGGAACAGAUUGUCUCCCGGUUUCCUGAGCACCCUAGAUCCGUGGGCCGUCAUCGCCGGGGAGAAGGGUCGAAUGCGGCUGGAGGUGAGAUAGACCCUGAGUAUGCCGGCCUGAGCACUCCAAUGAAGGAUCUAUGGCCGACCUAUAUAAAGUAUUUCAAUGGGCUUGACGCGCUUGAGAAGAUCCCCGUACGCGAAGGUCUUAAGCGUAAGCUUGUGUGGCAGGUCCUCAUACGCUUGGGCAUGGUGACUUCUCCACAGUCUUCGAUUGAACUAGACCCCAGGGAACAGGUGCUGGUUAGUGUGAGGCAUUGGUGA